CCGGGAGCUGCUCCGCCGCCCACCCAGGGCCCUCGGCCAAGGGCAACCUGGGGUCGCGGCCGCCGCGGGCGGCGGACAAAGAGCCAUGCGGGGCUGGGGGACGCAGCGCGGGGCGCGCGGGAGCGGGGGGCCGCAGCGGCGCCGCUGAGCACGGCCCGAGGCGGGGCGGGGCCGGCCGCGAUGCCGUGGUUCCCGGUGAAGAAGAUCCGCAAACAGAUCAAGCUGCUGCUCCUGCUGGUGCUGCUCACCUGCGCCGCGUGGCUCACGUAUGUGCACCUGAGCCUGGUGCGCCAGGGCCGCGCGCUGAGCCAGCGGCUGGGCUACGGGCGAGAAGGUGAAAAGCUGAGCAGUGUGACCGACGGCCGGGGCGUCGGGGUGUCGCUGUCCACACAGAGGGUGGAGGACUCCAGCGAGAGCCGUGAGGAGGAGCAUGUGCCGGAAGGUCAGGACCCAGACGUGCUGUUUCCUGGGGGGGCCCGAAGGCCCUUCUCACUCAACCUCACCCAUCAGGUGCCCCCCUGGCGGGAGGAGUACAAGGGGCAGGUGAACCUGCAUGUGUUUGAGGACUGGUGUGGUGGCGCCGUGGGCCAUCUGCGGAGGAACCUACACUUCCCGCUCUUCCCUCACACACGCACCACAGUGAAGAAGCUGGCCGUGUCCCCCAAGUGGAAGAACUAUGGCCUCCGGAUCUUCGGCUUCAUCCACCCGGCGAGAGAUGGAGACAUCCAGUUCUCCGUGGCUUCAGAUGACAACUCUGAGUUCUGGCUGAGCCCAAAUGAGAGCCCGGCGGGCGCCCAGCUGAUGGCCUUUGUGGGCAAGACUGGCUCUGAGUGGACAGCGCCUGGAGAAUUCACCAAGUUCAGCUCCCAGGUGUCCAAGCCCAGGAGGCUCAUGGCCUCCCGGAGGUACUACUUUGAGCUGCUGCACAAGCAGGAUGACCGCGGCUCGGACCACGUGGAAGUGGGCUGGCGAGCCUUCCUGCCGGGCCUGAAGUUCGAGGUCAUAGGCCCUGCUCACAUCUCCCUGUACACAGAUGAGUCAGCCCUGAAGAUGGACCACGUGGCCCACGUCCCACAGUCCCCAGCCAGUCGCCUCCAGAGGCUCCUGCUGCAGGAGGAGCCCAGAGCCGACAUGCUGCGGCCAGAUCCGCGAGACACCUUCUUUCUCACGCCUCGGUUGGAGCCCUCGAGUCUGGAGAAUGUGCUGGAGCCCUGUUCCUACGCCCCCACCUACGUCAUCAAGGAUUUUCCUAUCGCAAGAUACCAGGGACUGCAAUUUGUGUACCUGUCCUUCGUUUAUCCCAAUGAUCACACGCGCCUCACUCACAUGGAGACGGACAACAAGUGCUUCUACCGCGAGUCACCGCUGUAUCUGGAAAGGUUUGGGUUCUAUAAAUACAUGAAGGUGGACAGGGAGGAAGGGGAGGAAGAUGAAGAGGAGGAGGUGCAGCGCCGAGCCUUCCUCUUCCUCAACCCGGAUGACUUCCUGGACGAUGAGGACGAAGGGGAGCUGCUCGACGAGCUGGAACCCACCGAGGCGUCCCCAGCGCAGAGCGGCCGCCUGUUUCCUGCCCCUUUGGCUCCCACCAAGGCCCCAGCCACCCCUGCCCCGCCCACGUCUCCCACCCACCGGGGCGGCCCGGCCCCCAGGCGCUCGCGGGUGCUGAGCUGGGCUGCCCUUCCCCUUCCCCUCCUCUUGGGCCGCGCCCCACCACCCCGCGCCGCAGCCCAGCGGCCGGCCCCGAAGGUGUACGUGACACGGGUGCGGCCGGGACCGCGGGCGCCCCCCCAGGCCUUGGCCCCGCUCAGCCCACGAGGCCUGCCCUGGCCGCCCUUCCGCAGCGUCUUCCUGCGCCCUAGAUCUCUGCCCAGGGUGCAGCUGCGCACACCCUUACGCCCACCCCAGGCUCCUGGCCGCAGGACCGGCAGCCCCCAGGCCACAGAGCUGAGACCCCUGGCCUGGGCCCAGGCCACUCAGGGGAGCCGGGAGGGCGCGCCGGGACUCGCGGCCCCCACAGCGGACUCUAACUCAACUACUGAGGGGCAGCCUGUGACCUCCUUCCUGAGCUUGUCCCAGGUGUCCAGGCCACAGCUGCCUGGGGAGGGCGAGGAGGAGGAGGAGGAAGGGGACGAUGAGGACGAGGAGGAAGGGGCCCCGGGCGACGAGGCUGCGUCAGAGGACAGCGAAGAGGCAGCUGGCCCAGCGCGCAGCCAAUGGCGCGAGGACACCAUCAACUGGCAGCGCACAUUCAGCGUGGGCAACGUGGACUUUGAGCUGCUGCGCUCAGACUGGAAUGACCUGCGCUGCAACGUGUCUGGAAACUUGCAGCUGCCCGAGGCAGAGGCCGUGGAUGUGGUGGCUCAGUACAUGGAGCGUCUCAACACACGCCAUGCCGGGCGGUACGCACUUCUGCGCAUCGUGAACGUGGAGAAGCGCAGGGAUUCCGCACGCGGAAGCCGUUUCCUCCUGGAGCUGGAGCUGCAGGAACGCGGAGGCGGCCGCCUGCGCCUGUCUGAGUACGUCUUCCUGCGACUGCCUGGAGCCCGAGCCGGGGACACAGAUGGGGACGGGGAGAGUCCCGAGCCUACUCCUGCGGUCUCGGCGCACCCCGACGGCCGCCCGGAGCUGUGCCGGCCGCUGCGCCUGGCCUGGCGCCAGGAUGUAACGGUACACUUCAUUGUGCCAGUGAAGAACCAGGCACGCUGGGUGGUACAGUUCCUGGUGGACAUGGCCGCGCUGCACGCCCACACAGGAGACUCUCACUUCAGUGUCAUCCUGGUGGACUUUGAGAGCGAGGACAUGGAUGUGGAGCAGGCCCUGCGUGCUGCACAACUGCCCAGGUACCAAUACCUAAGGCGAACUGGAAACUUUGAGCGCUCUGCUGGGUUGCAAGCUGGAGUGGACGCGGUGGAGGAUGCCAGCAGCAUCGUUUUCCUCUGCGACCUGCAUAUCCACUUCCCCCUCAGCAUCCUGGACAGCAUCCGCAAGCACUGCGUGGAGGGCAAGCUGGCCUUCGCACCUGUGGUCAUGCGUCUGGGCUGCGGGAGCUCACCUGGGGACCCACAUGGUUACUGGGAGGUGAAUGGCUUCGGCCUCUUUGGGAUCUACAAGUCAGACUUUGACCGCGUUGGAGGCAUGAACACUGAGGAAUUCCGAGACCAGUGGGGAGGCGAGGACUGGGAGCUCCUGGACAGGGUCCUGCAGGCAGGGCUGGAGGUGGAGCGGCUCCGACUGCGGAACUUUUACCACCACUACCACUCCAAGCGGGGGAUGUGGGGCACACGCAGCCGGAAGGCCUCCCACAAGGAGGCACCCUGAAGACCAGCGACCCCUCCUGGCCCAGGCUGCAGCCCUGCAGUGGCAGCUGGCAGCCAAGCUCUGAGCCUGGACCCUGGGGACCCGGCGGGGCUCAUCCCAGGGGCACAGCCACCAUCUGUGCCUGGCCCUUUCUGGCCCACCCAGGCCACUGCCCCACUUGUGCCCCUCCCCAGAGAGGCAGCCUUCAUAGCAGGCUGGGGCCCAGGCUUGGUCCCCACGCCCUGUGUGAUGAUUUCUGUGAAAUUUUGCCGUAGCGAUGACAUUGUUUUCAGGAUUUCCAAGAGUUCUGUCAGUUCCAUUUUUUAUUCAGAAUGAAAUGA